CUUACUGUAGUAGUAACGGAGGACUUUAGAUGAAUCAUGGCCUAUCUUACACAUUUUGAGAGAGAGCAGGAGGGCAAUAUACGGCAACUCAUAUCAUGUAUGAGCGGCAUACAGGACGAGGAAGACCACAACUACCAAAUAGCUUUGCAGUUCAUUUGGUCCAACUUCAGAUUCCAUCGUUAUCUUGAUGUAAGCAGUCACAAUGUACACAGAACUUUAGAAGGAUUAUAUGAAAAGUUGAUGAUCCAUUCAGAUUUGGAUAAAGCCAAAAGCUUGAAAAAGCUUACAGAAGAAUUCUUGACUUUGCCUCUUCCAAGCACAGAGGGAUCCAAGACUGAUGCACAUUAUGCACUAUUGUCCCUGUUACUUUGUUUAUCUGACUCUCCUUCAAAUAAUGACUAUGUCGAAAAGCCAAGGAGUAAAGAUACAGCGGAAGUAGAAAAAUUUGACUGGGGCAAGUACCUCAUGGAGGGUGAAGAUAUUGGAUAUAGUCCUAAUGAUGUUACACCAGAAUGGUCUGAUGCUAGUGAAGAAGAGGAUGAUCAAGAGCCACUUAGCCGGGAAGACUCUGGCAUUCAGGUUGACCAAACUCCACAGGAAGAUCAUGAGAAGAAGACUGCUGCUCCUGUAGUGUCUUGGAAAGGUGAGCCAGAUGCACGAUCCUGGUUGGAGCAACAUGUGGUACAGCAGUAUUGGACAUCCAGGUCAUCCAGGUUAUCACACAGUUCCCAUUUACAUUCCAACCUUGCUGCAGUAUGGGACCAACAUUUGUAUGCCUCAGACCCUCUUUACACACCUGAUGACAAAACCUUUGUCACUGAAACCCAAGUGAUUCGUGAGACUUUGUGGUUACUGUCUGGUGUAAAAAAACUGUUCAUCUUUCACCUGAAUGAUGGAAAGGUGACUGUACGGACUGACAUUGUUGUUACACAUAUGACACAAAACUGCCUUAGAUCAGUGCUUGAGCAAAUAGCAGCAUACGGACAAGUUGUCUUCAGGCUGCAGAAGUUCAUGGAUGAAGUUACUGGACACAGUUCUGAACCUACAUUACCUGGCACCCUCCCAACUCCAAAAAAAGUACCAGAAGCUCAGUUUCGAACAUAUCAAGCCUUCAUGUGGGCGUUAUACAAAUAUUUCAUUAGCUUUAAACAGGAGCUUUCACAGAUAGAGAAAUGCAUCAUUAACAUGGAUGAAACGGUCACAUUGUCAAUUGUUAUAGAUAAGUUGUCCCCCCGACUUGCACAGCUCAAAGUAUUGCACAAAGUGUUCAGCACAGGGAUUGCUGAAGUGCCGCCUGACACCAGGAACGUAGUGAGAGCAUCUCAUCUACUUAAUACACUUUACAAAGCCAUUCUGGAAUAUGACAAUGUUGGAGAGGCCUCGGAAGAAACGGUGUCUCUUCUUUUCUUCCUCUGGGUUGAAACCGUGAGACCCUAUUUAGAAAUAGUGGACGAAUGGAUUGUCCAUGGGAAUCUCUUUGAUCCAGCAAAAGAGUUUAUCAUUCAAAGGAAUAAAGAUGUUCCUGUUAAUCAUCGGGAUUUCUGGUAUGCUACAUAUACAUUAUACAGCAUCUCAGAAAAGACUGAAAAUGAGGAUAAAAUGAGUGACAAUGCGAGUGCCAGUUCUGGCAGUGAUCAAGCUCCAGCCAGCAGGCACCAUACAAUGGUUUCUUUUUUAAAGCCAGUUCUGAAGCAGAUCAUCAUGGCGGGAAAAUCCAUGCAACUGCUGAAGAACCUUAACUGCAAGCUUGCUUCCCUACAGCAGGACUCCUCUAGAGAUGCUGAUAGAAAAAGCCUGUACGCAAUGUUUCUAGAAUCAGUUCAAUCCCGUCUAAGCCAGGGAAAAGAUUUGGCACCUGACCUUAUUACUGAACAGCAAAUUAACAAGCAAAGUCUUGUAAAGAUGCAUUCAAUAGUCUCCAAGCACCUUGAACUGGGUGAUACUCAUGACCCACUGCUGGCAAUCAACUUUGCAAGGUUAUAUUUGGAACAGAGUGACUUUUUGGACACCUUUACUUGUGGUGAUGUCUCUGUAGACCGUUCUUCAGAAUCUGUUACCUGUCAGUCAUUUGAGUUGACACUCAGAUCGUGCCUGUACCCUCACAUUGAUAAGCACUAUAUGGAGUGCUGUGGUAACCUCAUGCAAACUCUAAAGAAGGAUUAUAAACUGGUAGAGUACCUUCAAGCCAUGAGAAACUUUUUCCUCCUUGAAGCUGGGGACACAAUGUAUGAUUUUUAUACAGCCAUUUUUGACAAAAUAAGAGAAAAAGAGCCAUGGCAAAAUGUAUCUUUUCUAAAUGUGCAACUCCAGGAAGCAGUAGGUCAACGAUACCCUGAGGACGGUUCACGAUUAUCGAUCUCUUUUGAAAAUGUUGACUUGGUUAAGAAAAAACUUCCUGUGCAUACAUUAGAUGGUCUGAUACUGAGCUACAAGGUUCCUUGGCCUGUUGAUAUUGUUAUUAGCUCAGAAUGUCAAAAGAUCUACAAUCAAGUGUUUCUCCUAUUGCUGUUAAUAAAGUGGGCCAAAUACAGCCUGGAUGUCCUGCAGUUUAAUGAACUGGUUAAUGCCACUGAUAAAGAGCCUCCAAAAGAAGGUGCUGGACCUCUUAAUCCCCUAACAUCUCCUGUAGAGCCCAAAGACCAGCAGAUUCAUCGCAUGUUUCUUCUUCGAGUCAAGCUCAUGCACUUUUUUCUGAAAAAAAAACAGAUUCUUCACAGUACAGGUUUGGAGUUUCAGCAUCAAGUAGAGGAAGCCAAAGAUCUAGACCAGCUGAUAAAAAUUCACUAUAGAUAUCUGUCUACUAUUCAUGAUCGCUGUCUUUUGAGAGAAAAGGUGAGCUCUGUAAAAGAAGCAAUAAUGAAAGUGAUGAAUUUGGUACUUAUGUUUGCUGAUCGUUGGCAUGCAGGAUUAGGAGCAUGGAAGAUGGAAUCUAUUAUGAAGAUGGAAUCUGACUUUACAAACUGUCACAAAUUUCUUGUAAAAGUACUAAACAAAGCUGUCUGUAGAGGAUCUUUUCCCCACUUGGAAUCUCUUGCAUUGUCAUUGAUGGCCGGAAUGGAACAAAGUUAACCAUGUCAAGAACAUCCUGGCUUUCUAUGUGUCUUGUGGAACUAUGCCAGACUAUGGGGAUGUUUGUGUGCAUACGCUUAGCAUACAUGAGAACCAUACAAUUUGUACUUUUUUAACAAUUGUAUGAAGAGUAAAACAAACAUAUUACAGUGUAAACCAUUCUAAAUAUAUAAAUAUGUAUAUAUAGUAGUUAAGAUUGUAUGUUCACUUUUGAACUAUGUAUUUAUAUAGGUGUAUAAUAUGCAAUGUUUUAUCUGUAUAGAAAAUUAUUUUAUAAUGAAAUCUAUUUAAUAAAGAUUAUUUUUUUUCUAAA